CAGUCUGCUGCCUGCCACAUGACCCGUUGUCUGGGCCAGAAAUGGAGUACUGUUGGGUCUUUGGGGGGCUCAUCUUGUUGCUGAUGGCUCCCUACCUGGAUCGGACACAUGAGUCAGCACUCCAGCAGGAAUGGACAUACAUGGUACCCCAGCACUGUAACUGGCUGUGCUUCAAAUUUGGGGAGAGUGGCUGCUUUUCACGGACCCCCAACUGCUCCACCUGCCACCACACAGCUGGAGAAUGGAGCUGGUUUGAAGCAUGUUAUGAGAAGAGCAUGGGAUAUUUGAGGAGGACAGAAGCUCUCUGGUGGCUGGGCAUGAACUCAGUAAGUAAGCUUGGAAAAACGUGGAAGAAGCUAUCAGAAAUGAUUCCCAGGCCCCUCCUGCACCAUUUUGAUUUCCCCUGUGUACCCUGCACCAUGUUGGGGAACUCUGGCCUCAGCAGUACCAACCAAUUCGACAUGGAUUUCAGGAUGAGUGAGGACACCACCCAUAGCUCUGAGGCAGUUUUGAGGAGCCAAACCACAGGACCCUCCAUCUGUCCCAGGAAUGCCAGUCAUCAGGGUUCUUGGGAGCAGUGGUCUCUGGAGCUUGCUGAGCUGGUGACAAGGUAAUGGAGACGUGCUAGCUAUUCUCAACGUGGAGGUACAGGAAGCUCCCCUUGA